AUGAAAAGGGUUGUCUUCGCUGAUGCUUUUAUCUUAUUCUGCCUCUUAGGUGGUGUUGGAGGUGUGAUUUGUAGAGCAUGCAAUCUUUCAGUCCCCUUCCAUGGAUGUCUUCUAGACUUUGGAACCUGCAGAGCAAAACCUGGUCAGUAUUGUAUAAAAGAGGUCCACACUAAAGGUGGUAUUCAGUGGUAUUCAGUUAAAGGCUGCACAGAGAAUGAAGCAGAGUGCUUCAAGAGAACUCUAGAGGACCAGUUGAGUUCCCUCAUAUUUCCAAAGGCCCGGGGAUCCUCGAGACAUAGACUAAAGCAGGAGUCGGAGGAAAUGAGGAUGGAGAAGAGGUGA